UCCUGUCUCUGACUGUAACAGGGAUGAGGGUUUUUACUCCGUAGUGUAGUGCAACCCUGGCCUUCCUCUCGGAGUCCCUGUGCCGCCAUUAAAGGAUAUCGGAUCGCCGUACACUAAUGUGGAUUAAAAUGACUUAAAACCUCUCAGACGGUCAACGUAGGGCUAGAGAGGGUAGAUAUUAUGUGUGGAUGUGUGCACUCCUGUCCACACGGAGCCCGGGAGCAGUAGAUAUGCAGCUCUCCACCAAGUAGCAGACGCUCGACUUCGGGACCGGGGGAGGUGGAGAAGCUGAGCCGCUGUUGUGGUUGAAGGCACGGCGGGGUGUAAACACGGGGAAGAGGAGCGUCCAGCCUGCCUGUGUGACCUCCCGCAGAGAGGACCAGCCGCGCUGAGAACCCCUCUGAGCGGCAGCAAGCCCCCUGCAGCGGCCGCCCGACGAUGACAGAGGUCGGCACUAAGUGGGCCUGCGACUACUGCACGUACGAGAACUGGCCCUCUGCGAUCAAGUGCACCAUGUGCCGCGCUCAGAGGCCCAGCUUGGGGCCCAUCAUCACGGAGGAGCCCUUCAAGAGCAGCCCCCCUCUGGAUGCCGUUCGGCAUCGGUGGGACCCCGCGUGCCACAGCAACAGCCCGCCGCAGGGAGGGGUUUCCAGCCUCCUAAUCUGCCCGGACUCCAGCGCCCGUCCCCGUGUGCGCAUCGCCGACGUCCCCGAGACGCUCCCCAGCAAGUGGUCGUGUCACAUGUGCACCUAUUUGAACUGGCCGCGGGCCAUCCGCUGCACCCAGUGCCUUUGCCAGAGGCAGCAGGGCCAGCAUCACAAGGGGCAUCGCGCGGGGCAGCCCCGUAGCCCCACGGAGCUGCCCCAGACCUCUGGCUCUGGCUACCGCUCUGCGCCCCCCACCACGCCCACAGACCCCUGCGAGGAGUACAACGACCGCAACCGACUCAACACCCGGGCACAGCACUGGACCUGCACCGCCUGCACUUACGAGAACUGGCCCAAGGCGCGCAAGUGCGUGGUGUGCGACCAUCCCUGGCCCAACAGCCUGCCGGCCGAGUCCAUCGAGCUGGCGUCGGAGCCGGAGGGCCAGCCGCCGCCCUCCAUCCUGAUCGAGCGGGAGCGGGACAAUCGGAGGGGGGGCGUGGUGGGGACAGUGGGCGUAGUCGGCGGGACAGGGGGCUGCAGCAGCAGUCAGCGGAGGUCGCCACCCAGCCCAAAGCGGGAGUCGGAGGUGAAGAUGGACUUUCAGAGGAUCGAGGUGGCGUCGGGGGCCGGGAUCGGGAGCAAAGAGGAGCUGGAGAUGGACUUUAAAAAACUGAAGCAGAUUAAGAACCGGAUGAGAAGGACUGACUGGUUGUUCCUCAACGCUUGUGCAGGUGUGGUGGAGGGAGACCUGGCGGCGGUGGAGGCCUACAAGUCGUCCGGGGGCGAUAUCGCGCGGCAGCUGACGUCGGAUGAGGUGCGACUGCUGAACCGGCCGUCGGCGUUCGACGACGGCUUCACCCUGGUGCACCUGGCCAUCCGCUUCCAGAGGCAGGACAUGCUGGCCGUGUUGCUGACCGAGGUGUCCCAGCAGGCGGCCAAGUGCAUCCCGGCCAUGGUGUGUCCCGAGCUGACGGAGCAGAUCCGCCGCGAAGUGGCCGCCUCGCUGCACCAGCGCAAAGGGGACUUCACCUGUUACUUCCUGACCGACCUUGUGACCUUCACCCUCCCAGCCGACAUCGAGGACUUGCCCCCCCCGGUUCAAGAGAAACUGUUUGAUGAGGUCCUCGACCGAGACGUACAGAAAGAGCUGGAAGAGGAGUCCCCCAUCAUCAACUGGUCCCUGGAGCUGGGCACGCGGUUGGACAGCCGGCUGUACGCGCUGUGGAACCGGACGGCAGGGGACUGCCUGCUGGACUCUGUGCUGCAGGCCACCUGGGGCAUCUACGACAAGGACUCGGUGCUGCGCAAGACGCUGCACGACAGCCUGCACGACUGCUCGCACUGGUUCUACACGCGCUGGAAGGAGUGGGAGUCGUGGUACUCGCAGAGCUUCGGUCUGCACUUCUCCCUCCGGGAGGAGCAGUGGCAAGAGGACUGGGCCUUCAUCCUCUCGCUUGCCAGCCAGCCCGGGGCCAGCUUGGAGCAGACCCACAUUUUUGUUCUUGCGCACAUUCUUCGAAGGCCGAUCAUCGUCUACGGAGUGAAGUAUUACAAGAGUUUCCGCGGUGAAACACUCGGCUACACGCGCUUUCAAGGUGUGUACUUACCCCUGCUGUGGGAGCAGAGCUUCUGCUGGAAGAGUCCCAUCGCGCUGGGCUACACGAGGGGGCACUUCUCGGCACUGGUGGCCAUGGAGAACGACGGCUUCGACAAUCGUGGCGCGGGCGCCAACCUCAACACGGACGACGACGUCACCGUGACGUUCCUGCCGCUUGUCGACAGCGAGAGGAAGCUGCUCCACAUUCACUUCCUCUCUGCACAGGAAAUGGGGAAUGAGGAGCAGCAGGAGAAGCUGCUGCGGGAGUGGCUGGACUGCUGCGUGACGGAGGGCGGCGUCCUGGUGGCGCUGCAGAAGAGCUCCCGCCGCCGCAACCAUCCGCUGGUCACCCAGAUGGUGGAGAAGUGGCUGGACGGCUACCGGCAGAUCCGGCCCUGCGCCUCCCUGUCGGACGGGGAGGAGGAAGACGACGACGACGACGACGAGUGACACAGCCAACCCCGCCUCCCUUCCCCCUCUACUUUAUUUUUCGGAUUUUGAUUUUGUUUGCUAUUCCUUUCCUGACACGGACAAACUGUGAAAAGCCUUCAGGAGAUGGCAGGGAUCCCCCCCCCCUCCCCUCUCUUCCUCCCCCCACACCUACACAAACCCUCUCCCCGUCCCCUCCUUCUGGAGGAUACUGUCACACACACACACACACACACACGCACACACACACGAUGUGCUAUCCGAGGGUUGAGGCUGGCAAAAUGACGUCACUGCUGCAAACCAACCCCCCUGAACCUGGACCUGCUGAUGACGAAGAAUAAAAGGGUCCCAGUUUACGAAUGUUGAACCAACGGUUCUGGUUUUCAGUGGUAUCAAAGAAAGGUCUUUAUUAAUAGAUGUUUAAUGCAUGCGGUUGUUUAAGAAUUACAGUUGUAAGGAUUUAUACCAGCAUCAAUUCAACUCAAAUACUUUAUAUAAGUUUGUAAUUGGCACUGACAAAAACAAGCACAUUCCCAGAUAACGUUCCUAUUUGGAUGUGUUUCCCCUGGUUAUGGAGUUGGUUGAUUUACCCUUCUUGUUUUUGGACGGGGAGCAAAGCAACAGCAUAUCGGUGGGUCAGAUGGCCUUUUGGAGAACGAUUGUUAUCAAAUACAUAAGACUUUAUUACCAAGCACUGCACAUUUAUUACUAAAAUAAUUUAUAUAUAACAGCUUGAAUCAAGGUCAUAUAUAUGAAGCUGUGGGAGAGGAGGUCGGUGCCUUCUCCAGUCCGAGCUACCUAGUCACUAAGGUUUAGUGCACACACAUACACCCACAUCGUUUGGGUUUUGAGUUGUAUUCAGUUUACCCUUCUGAAGUUGCUAAGGAAAGUUGAGUUGUGUGUUUGUGAGAUUUUUAUUUUUAUUUUGCUCCAAACUUACUCUUAUUUAUUGUGUGAAAUCCCUUUGGAGCUACUAAGAGUUUUGGAUUAAUGAACUUUUAUUUUGUCUGUUAUUCUUUGGAUCGCGAUGAAGACGUUUUAUGUUGCACAGAAACAUAGUAGCUGCAGUGAAGAAACAAGGAUGACCAUCGGUGAAAAGUUUACCUUAUUUUUCUGUGAGUAAUUCUUUCUUCUUUAGUACCUCAUUUUCAAUGUUUGAUUCAGGUGCUCUCUGCAGAAUUUGUGUUUGAGAAUGAGACAUUAUGUAUGUCAAGCAUCAAUCCGGAAAAACACUUUUGGCUCAUCACCACCUUCCCUGUUCUUAUGUGUUGCUUUCUAUCUCCACGUGGUCGAGUUCAUGUUCAUAACACAUGUGUUUGCUUUAUACACUGUCUUGUGUAUUUCUGUAAAACAAAACAAAAAAAAGGAAUUCUCAUCAAGGUCCCUGUUAAGACUGCAACCUAUAAAACCAAAGUUGGGAAAAAAAUACAUCCCAUGUGUUUGUCGUGAAUUAUGUUUUCAUCGUUUUAUUUUGUUUAUUCUUGCCAUGCUGUACUGUAUCUGUUUCAUUCUAGCCCUACACGUUCUGAGCAUCAACUCUAUGUUGCUUUGUAUUUAUGCAACAGUUGCAGCUGUGACUAUGAGGGUUUGUGGAUUUAGGCCUGACCUCACUACAUUGUAUUGCAAAGGAUAGGCAAAAAAGGUUCAAAUAUAAUAAAAGGAAAAACCUUUUUGAAAGUC